AAUACUAUGGCUUUGCAAAAAAAAAAAAAAAGGGAAAUAAAAAUUACUAUACAGAGUCUCGUCCAAUAAAACGCAGAGCGGCCAGGGUCGGAGGAGGAAGGGAAAAGAAGAACCUUCGGAUGCACAGAGCUCGCAAAUAGCUCUCGGCAGAUUACACCAGCCCGACGACGCGGCUCCACCGGACCCGAAGAUCCCCCUUGCUCCCCUGCCGGCGAUCGCAAUGUCCUCCGCCGCGUCAUCCCGAUCUCUCCAUCUCUUCCUCUGCGCUCUUCUUCUCAUCUCUCCUCUCGUCCUCGCCUCCGAGUCAGAUCACAAGUACCAACCAGAUGAUCCUGUUACUCUUUGGGUGAACAAAGUGGGUCCUUAUAAUAACCCACAGGAAACGUACAACUACUACAGCCUUCCAUUUUGCCGUCCAGCUGGAAAUACUGCUCAUAAAUGGGGUGGCCUUGGUGAAGUCCUGGGUGGAAAUGAACUUAUUGAUAGUUUGCUGGACAUAAAGUUCCAGAAGAAUGUAGACAAAGCUUCCAUUUGUCAGCUUGACCUUGAUGAAGCUAAGGUCAGACACUUCAAAGAUGCCAUUGAGAACAGUUACUGGUUUGAGUUCUUCAUGGAUGACUUGCCAUUAUGGGGAUUUGUUGGGGAGUUGCAUCCUGAUAAAAACAGUGACAAUGGUAAACAUGUCCUGUACACGCACAAGAGUAUUACAGUUAAAUAUAACAAAAACCAGAUAAUUCAUGUGAAUCUGACUCAAGAGGGUGCCAAACCCCUCGAAGCGGGAAGAAGCAUGGAAAUGACAUACUCUGUCAAAUGGAUUGCAACUAAUGUUUCUUUUGCUCGUCGCUUUGAUGUCUACUUGGAUUAUCCUUUCUUCGAGCACCAGAUCCAUUGGUUCUCCAUUUUCAACUCUUUCAUGAUGGUCAUCUUUCUCACUGGUCUGGUCUCAAUGAUAUUGAUGCGAACCCUGAGAAAUGACUAUGCUAAGUAUGCUAGAGAAGAUGAUGAUCUGGAGUCUUUGGAAAGAGAUGUCAGUGAAGAGUCUGGUUGGAAGCUUGUUCAUGGAGAUGUUUUCCGUCCUCCACGCAGUUUAGUUAUUCUGUCCGCUGUUGUUGGGACUGGUGCUCAGCUGGCACUGCUUGUGCUUCUUGUCAUCCUAUUGGCUAUUAUUGGGAUGUUGUAUGUUGGGAGAGGAGCAAUUGUCACGACUUUCAUUGUUUGCUAUGCCCUAACGUCGUUCAUUUCUGGUUAUGUUAGUGGAGGAAUGUAUUCUCGUCAUGGAGGUAAAAGUUGGAUAAAGGCAAUGAUCCUAACAGCUUCAUUGUUCCCAUUUAUGUGCUUUGGAAUUGGCUUUGUUUUGAACACAAUUGCUAUAUUCUAUGGAUCUCUUGCUGCCAUCCCAUUUGGUACCAUAGUGGUUGUCUUCGUCAUUUGGGCUUUCAUAUCUUUCCCCCUAGCACUUCUUGGUACAGUGGUUGGUAGGAAUUGGAGUGGUGCUCCAAAUAACCCCUGCCGUGUUAAGACCAUUCCUCGCCCAAUCCCAGAGAAGAAAUGGUACCUAACACCAUCUGUUGUAUCAAUGAUGGGGGGACUACUUCCCUUUGGCAGCAUAUUCAUUGAGAUGUACUUUGUUUUCACCUCUUUCUGGAAUUACAAGGUCUACUAUGUGUAUGGCUUCAUGCUGCUUGUUUUCCUGAUUCUCAUCAUCGUAACUGUUUGCGUGACAAUUGUGGGCACAUAUUUCUUGCUGAAUGCUGAGAACUACCAUUGGCAAUGGACCUCCUUCUUCUCUGCUGCAUCAACAGCUGUUUAUGUGUACUUGUACUCGAUCUACUACUACUACGUGAAGACCAAGAUGUCAGGCUUCUUCCAGACGAGCUUCUAUUUUGGAUACACUUUGAUGUUCUGCCUUGGCCUCGGAAUACUCUGUGGUGAGUGCCGUUGGUUAUCUAGGCUCAAACUUGUUUGUAAGGAGGAUCUACAGAAACAUCAAGUGUGACUAGUAGAACUGGGCGGUUCACGGAACCAGAAGACUAGGCGCUUCUUUCUCCCGGAGCCCUAAUAUUCUUUUAGCAUCCUGGGGACACGAUUUUCGAGACGAAGCAACUGGUCAACUCGAUGGACGAAUUUUCAGGGGGAAAAUUGUAGUGGACGAAUCAACAACAAAAGGUUUUGAGAGGACGGGGACGGUAAACACUCUUCCCUGGAGUAGCGGGGGAAGCAGUAGUUCUUGGUGUUUCUGGUUUUCUUUUUUUGGCCCCCCUUUUGUAAGUGAAAGUUUUAAUUUAGAGUCCCAGAGAUUUGUCAUAUAUCUGUGAAGCAUUAGCAGGAAAUAUAUCGAACCUCCCUCGUCGUCAUUUUAUCGCUUUUUACGAGUAGUCGGCCUCGUGUACUAAGAACUGAUACCCUAAUUUUCAUUCAUUAUGUAAGCUGCAUGCGACUUGUUGAAGCGACUGACCCCUUAUCCUCGCUAGAUGCCUUGUCGAGCAAGUAUCCCGAUAUACUCCGGAAAUGUGGUUACCUUUGGAGUUUGUUUUGCUACGAGUCUAUUCUUUGGUACAAUCGGUGGUCGAGAAUCGAUACGAUCUCACUCAAUAAGC